GUAAAAUGUAAAGCCGGAGAACCGUUUCAGAUGUCAAAGUUGUCAGUUUGACGGUCGUCAGAAUCACGGAGAAAAGCAUCUCGAGUGGACGGAGUAAUUGUGAUAAGCUAUUAAAUAAAGAAUUGUGUGUUUUGCGUUCAUCUGUAAUUUUGUUAGAACGUUUUAACAAAAUGGCUGAGUGUGCAGGUCCAUCAAAAGACGGACUGGGCCCGUCGGUAUCGGAUUGCGAAGAUGAUGAUAUAUCAGAAGAUAUAUCGGAUUGGGAAGAUGAUGUUGAUCAAAUAAAGGAAAUGCGUUUCCAAUUUGCAAUCCAAUGGUUGUAUAAAAUUAUGCAAAGCGAGAAUGAUGUUGUGUCAUGUCCGUUUAGCCUUCAUGAUGGACUUCUUAGAAUUUAUUUAACGGUCUAUGAUGACAGUAAGGAACUCUUGAAACGCAUCAUUUUUAAAUCAAGUUAUUUCAAACAUUGGAUUAAACCUAAGAUAGAAAAUUAUACAUCUUAUAGACACCGCUUUGCACAGUUGAUAAGAGAAAAUGAAGAUGAAGAUUUUUCUUAUUCUAUGGAUCAGUGUUUUUGUUGGACUAGUUUCAGAGUUAAAAGAUCUAGAAAUAAAAAAAGACGACGAAACCGAAACUCUAAAGUUUCAAGAUAUUUUAAUAAUACAAAGAAGUUUGAACUUUUUGAUAUUAUGCACAAUGCAGGCCGUAAUGAGAUCGAGAGAAUAACACAUAUUAAUAAAUACAUGAAGGUUUAUACAACAUCUUUCAUGUCUGAACCUUUAGUAUUUCUGAACCGAAGAAAAUCGCCGGAACUUGUAUUAACAAUAUAUUCCCCUCAUCUCUAUCUGUCGCAUCAUCAAUGCCUUCAUUAG